AUGACAGAGGAAGUGUUCUUGGCGCGGGACCAGGCCCAUGGCCUCCUCAUCCGGCCUAAGCGUGCAACCGGCUGGUUCGAGGAGCUCAAAAGGGGGGACCUGGAGCGAGAAUGCCUUGAAGAGAAGUGUUCCAAAGAGGAGGCGGAAGUGUUUGAGCACGAACAGGCUACGGAGGAGUUCUGGGAAUACCAAGUUCAAGACAGCUGCCAAUCUGACCCCUGCCAGAACAAAGGAAGCUGCUCUAGCAUAUCAGCAUCUUCUUACACCUGCCUGUGCCUGCCAGGCUUCAGUGGACGGAACUGCGAGCUAGCAUUCAAGGCCAUUCCUGACUCCUGCUUGCAUGAGAACGGGGGCUGGGCAUUCUGCGAGGAGGAGGGGGGCCGACGCAACUGUUCAUGUGCGGACGGCUACUUCCUGGGGACUGAUGGACAGCGUUGCCUGACACAAGAAACAAUGGCCUGUGGGAAGGUUCCUGUCCUGCACAGCAGCGCCUCGGAGAAGGGAGACGUCCCGUUGGACCCCCGUUCACGCAUCGUGGGKGGAACAGAGUGCCCUAAGGGUCACUGCCCCUGGCAGGUGUUGUUAGUGAGAAAUGGGAAGGGCUUUUGUGGAGGAGUCAUCUACAAACCCACCUGGAUCCUCACUGCCUCUCACUGCUUGGAGAAUAUCAAGGCCCAGCACCUGAAGGUGGUGGCAGGUGAACACGACACAGAGAAAGACGAGGGUACGGAACAGACCAUAGAUGUGGCAGAGAUCAUCAUGCACAACAGYUACGUGUCAGACACGGCGGACAGCGACAUCGCYCUGCUACGUCUGAAGACUGCCAUCACUAUGACGCCUUUCGCCGUGCCCGUCUGCCUGCCCACCCGCUCGAUGGCGGAGCGUGAGCUCUGGGCCAUCAACCUCCACACGGUGAGUGGCUGGGGCCGGCGCAGCGAGAACGGCCCUACGUCACGUGUCCUCCGGCGGCUGGAGGUGCCACGUAUACGUACCCAGGACUGCGUUGAGAUGAGCGGUGUCACGCUAACGGMUAACAUGUUCUGCGCCGGCUACAUCKWGGGCAAGCAGGACUCCUGUAAGGGGGACAGCGGCGGACCACUGGUCACCCGCUACAGAGACACCACAUUCCUUUUGGGUAUCGUCAGCUGGGGAAAGGGAUGCGCCCGGCCGGGGAACUACGGGAUUUACACCCGCGUGUCCAACUACCUGGACUGGAUCCACAACUACACGGCAGAGCAGCCGACAGCGCAGCCGACAACGCAGCCGCAGAACACCACGGCCACACUGCAAAACACCACGGCCAAUCCAAAUGCAGUCUUAUAAGUGUCACAGAACAGGGCAGUGCUGAGCCCAGUACCUUA